UGGAUGGCCUCGAGUACUAUCAUCCUGGGGUUUUGCAUCGAAUUGACCGGACCAAGACGUAUACGCUUAAUAUGCGUGAGUUUUGGGUGCGUUUGGAGCCGUAUAUCCAUAAGAUCUUUGUGGUAUUUGUAUCGCGCACCAAUGGCGAGGAGCAGCGUCUUUGCUAUGCCAGAAGCUUGGCAAGAGUGCGCGGAAAGCAUAUGGAGCUGGAGCAAUUAAGGAUGCCUCUAAUUACAAAUGAUGAAAUUGGCCGCGUUCUAACAAACAUAUUGCUUGAAAUAGAGCACAAUGGACUGGAGAAUUAUGUGGCCAUUGUUGUAGCUAAGCAGAAACUGCACAUGCAAGCGCUGCGUGAGGUUGCAAUGGUAGCUAAACAAACGCUGCCACAGAUCGUUUUGGAUGCGUGCCAACUGCAUAACUCCUUUGAAAAGCUAUUCUGCGCCAAAUCUGCGCGCUGUUUGCACCGGCUGCAGCAUGAGCUAUUUGUUAAGAGCCACUAUACGGAGCAGCUGGAUGAGCUGCGUAAAAACUACACACAAAAUGUGGAUGCGGAUGGUCUACUGCAGGAGUUUAUAAAGCCUCUGCCAAAUGUGUUGUUAGCCAUGUGGAAGAUUGAGGAACAUAGAGACAAACCCAUUUCCUUGGCUCGUUUAAAUAACGAAAGGCUGAAUGCAUAUAGCGCACAAAUUCAAAUGGAUCUGGCGCCCAUUACAUUUGAGGAGUGCUCAGCUGGCGCUGGCCUCUUGCAAUUGAUACUCUUCGACGCCUUGUGGUGCCUUGGCGAUGCACAUGAAGUAGAGCAGAAUAAUGCUAUUGCCAUACUUGAGCCUCAGCUGCCAGAUGAAUGGCUGCCCUUAUUGAACUAAGGGUUUUAUACAAAUGACUA